CAGCGGCGGAGCGUGGCAACGGCUCUUUCCUACGUGUCGAGUUGGGGCUUGUCCCUUUAAGAGAGCGUAGCACAGUAGCACAGGCGAGCUCUGCCGCCUAGCUGAGCUUGCGGCGCUCGUAAACCGGUCACUGCCUGGAGAAGGAGCGCAGCGCCUGAUCUUUAUCCGAAGGAGAGCACGCGGCGGCUGCUCCCGCUCCCGCUCCGGCUCCACCACCACCACCACCACCGCGUACCACAGAUUACGCCUCCCGCCUCCCACGGUCCAGCUUUUUUGAUCGGUGUUGUUAACAUCCCGCGUGGAGAUCAGCCUUGGGGGGCCUGGCUGGCUGGCAUCGGAUGGCCGUUCCCGAACACUGAGCUCAGCUGUUGGAAAAAGCCAAGUCGGGAAAUCAAAACCGCUGCUUGAGCUUUGAAAUAUUUUUUCAUCGCAAUAAAAUACAACAAUGGAAAAAGAAACCUGAUUGAAAAUAUUAGUGGAUUAAGAAAACACAGGAAAAGAUCAUGAUUGUGAGAUAGCACUCCCCAUCACAAUGACCAUGGCUCCCCGAAAAAGGAAUCGUCAUGCUUUGGGGUUUCUUUGCUGCUUUGGGGGCAGUGACUUGCCUGAAAUCAACCUCAAGGACAAUAACCCACUGCAGUUCUUGGAAUUCUCUGGGCCAAUCCCACCAGCUGAGGAGCUCAAUGCAAGGUUCUCUGAGCUUGUGGAUGAACUGGAUCUCACAGAUAAGAACAGAGAGGCAAUGUUUGCACUCCCUCCAGAGAAGAAAUGGCAGAUUUACUGCAGCAAGAAGAAGGAGCAAGAAGAUCCUAACAAACUUGCUACCAGUUGGCCGGACUAUUAUAUUGACCGCAUCAACUCUAUGGCUGCAAUGCAGACCUUGUAUGUGUUUGAUGAAGAAGAAACAGAAAUGAGGAAUAAAAUAGUUGAAGACUUGAAGACAGCUCUGCGAACUCAACCCAUGAGGUUUGUGACGAGAUUUAUUGAGCUGGAUGGCCUGACCUGCCUGCUGAACUUCCUGAAGAGUAUGGACUAUGAGACGUCAGAGAGCCGCAUACACACAUCCGUUAUAGGGUGUAUCAAGGCUCUGAUGAACAACUCCCAGGGACGGGCACAUGUCCUGGCCCAUCCAGAAAGCAUCAAUAUAAUCUCUCAGAGUUUACGAACUGAGAACAUCAAAACCAAGAUUGCUGUGCUGGAGAUCCUUGGGGCGGUUUGCUUAGUGCCCGGAGGUCACAAGAAGGUUCUGCAGGCCAUGCUUCACUACCAGGUCUAUGCGGCAGAGAGGACAAGAUUCCAGUCAUUACUCAAUGAGCUAGACCGAAGCAUGGGGCGAUACCGAGAUGAAGUGAAUCUCAAAACUGCCAUCAUGUCCUUUAUUAAUGCUGUUUUGAAUGCAGGUACUGGUGAGGACAAUUUGGAAUUUCGAUUGCACCUGCGAUAUGAAUUUUUAAUGCUGGGCAUUCAACCUGUUAUUGACAAGCUCAGAGGACAUGAAAAUGCAACACUGGAUAGGCAUUUAGAUUUCUUUGAGAUGGUCAGAAAUGAAGAUGACUUGGAACUUGCAAAGAGGUUUGAGGUGGUACAUAUAGACACAAAGAGUGCCUCACAGAUGUUUGAGAUGAUCAAGAAGAAGCUGAAGCACACAGAUGCUUAUCCAUAUUUACUAUCUGUACUCCAGCACUGCUUGCAAAUGCCUUAUAAACGAAAUGGGGGAACAUUUCAACAAUGGCAGCUGUUAGACAGGAUACUGCAGCAAAUUGUUCUUCAGGAUGAGCGAGGGGAUAAUCCUGAUAUCACUCCUUUGGAGAAUUUCAAUGUCAAGAACAUAAUUAAGAUGUUGGUAAAUGAAAAUGAAGUGAAACAGUGGAGAGACCAGGCAGAGAAAUUCCGAAAAGAACAUGCUGAGCUGAUGAGUAGGCUAGAGAAGAAAGAAAGGGAAUGCGAAAUAAAGACCCAGGAAAAAGAUGAAAUGAUGAAGACGCUGAAUAAAAUGAAGGACAAGCUGCAGAAAGAAUCUGUAGAGCUACGCCAAACCCGGGACCAAAUGACCGACCUUGUAGCUCAACUCAAUGAGUUCUCGCAAGGGGGCAGCAUUUGCUUCCCUCCCCCUCCUCAGCUACCUCCUGGUGGUCCAUUUGCCUUGUCCUCUUCUCUACCAUCUUCAGAGAUUUUGCCACCUCCUCCUCCACCUCUUCCGUUCUCCAGCUGCCCCCCUCCACCCGCUCCACCACCACCUCCAGGAGGACCUCCUCCCCCUCCUGGUGCACCACCAUUCUUCAACAUGGGUACACCUCCCCUUUCAUCCACCACCACUUUCAGCAGCAGCAGCGGGACCAGUCUGAAGAAGAAAUCCAUCCCACAGCCAUCUCAUCCACUGAAGUCCUUCAACUGGGCCAAACUGAGUGAGGAGAAAAUAAAUGGCACAAUCUGGCAUGAAAUUGAUGAUUUAAGGGCUUUCAAGAUGUUGGAUUUGGAGGAUUUUGAAAAAAUGUUCUCAGCUUAUCAGAGACACCAGGACCUGCUAACUAACCCUCCUUCCUCCUGUAAGCAGAAGGAAAUGGGAUCAACUGAAGAUUUGUACCUGUCCACUCGAAAGGUCAAAGAGCUUUCUGUGAUUGAUGGCCGGAGAGCGCAGAAUUGUGUCAUCCUCCUUUCCAAAUUGAAGCUAUCCAAUGAAGAAAUCCGACAAGCAAUCUUGAAAAUGGAUGAAGAAGAAGAUCUGGCUAAAGAUAUGCUGGAGCAGCUACUGAAGUUUGUUCCAGAGAAGAGUGAUAUUGAUCUGCUGGAGGAACAUAAACAUGAAAUUGACCGCAUGGCUCGGGCUGACCGUUUCCUUUAUGAAAUGAGCAGGAUUGACCACUACCAGCAGCGACUUCAAGCAUUAUUCUUUAAGAAGAAGUUCCCAGAGAGGCUUGCAGAAGCGAAGCCAAAGGUUGAAGCCCUUCUCAUAGCCUCCAAAGAGCUCACCCGUAGUAAGCACCUAAAGCAGCUCCUGGAAGUUGUUUUAGCCUUCGGCAAUUACAUGAACAAGGGCCAAAGAGGAAAUGCCUAUGGCUUUAAAGUCUCCAGCCUGAAUAAAAUAGCAGACACCAAAUCUAGCAUAGAUAAGAACAUUACGCUGUUACACUACCUAAUUAUGAUCUUCGAAAAGAACUACUUAGAUAUCCUAGACAUCCAGUCUGAAUUACACCAUCUUCCAGAAGCAGCAAAAGUCAACCUGGUGGAGCUAGAGAAGGAAGUGAACAACAUAAAGACUGGAUUGAAAGCUGUUGAAGCUGAGCUGGACUACCAGAAGAGACGUAUGCGGGAAGCUGGUGAUAGAUUUGUUCCUGUCAUGAGUGACUUUAUCACUGUAGCCAGUUUCAGCUUUUCAGAGCUGGAAGACCUUCUGAAUGAUGCAAAGGAUAAGUAUGCCAAGGCGCUGAAGCAUUUUGGAGAGAAUGAGGGUAGGAUGCAGCCAGAUGAAUUUUUUGGCAUCUUUGACACCUUCCUACAGUCCUUCACAGAAGCCAAGCAAGAUCUGGAGAAUAUGAGGAAGAAGAAAGAAGAGGAGGAGCGGAGGUCACGCAUGGAAGCCAUGCUAAAGGAACAGAGAGAGAAGGAGCGGCGACAAAAGAAAGUCAAGGCUAGCAGCGUUUCUGAGGAGGGAGGGGGAGAGUUUGAUGAUCUUGUGUCCGCUCUGAGAUCAGGUGAGGUCUUUGACAAGGACUUAUCAAAGCUCAAGCGCAACCGCAAGCGUUCAGGGAACCAAAACUUGGAGACAAGUCGGGAACGAGCAGUGACGAAGCUCAAUUAUUAAAGGUGGAGGAAGCACAAAUGAGAGAAAACGACAAGACUAUCACCACAACAAAGAGUGAAACAAGAUGGUGGAAACUGGCCAGUGCCCUUCCCUGGGAGAUUUGCCUAGCCCAUGGGUUUCUUUACUGUUUCCAGGAUGAACAGGCCUUCCCAUCUUCUUCUCUUCAAUAUUCACAUAAUCUGGAAUGGUUAUAAAAGUGCCUCUCUGCAGACCAAGGGAUUUGUCACCAAGAUGUUGCUGUUUGGUUUGCUUCUUGACAUUUCCCCUGCAAGUCCAGUUAGAUCCUGAUGGAGGAACACAAACCAUUGGACCUUUUUCAUCGAUUAGCUAUGGGAAAGGGGAGGGAGAAUAUGGUUUACUCUAUGCCAAAGUGUCAUGUUUUACAAGAUCUUGCAGCAAAAAUAACAAGCCAUUUUCAGGUUGGUUCUAAACCCUCCCAUCCCUUCUUCAUGCUUUGGCUUGCCCUUCGUGCAUUUCUUAUAGAGUGGUUCUACAGCAUUGCAGUUCUGUUCUUCCGCUGGAUUUACAAAAGGCCAUUGAUUAAAGCCUGAGGAAUGUUUUUGAUCUGGGAAACUGUUACUUAGUGGCCUAUAAUAUGCAAAGCAAGUGAUGCUGCGUCAGAGGAAGUAGAUAGAACUGCUCAGCCUAAGAAGAUGGAUAGACUGUUAGUGACACUCCUUGUUUUUUCAGGAAUCAUUGAUAUUGAGUCUUCAGGGAUGUACUGAGUCUUCAGGGAUGUGCCCAGCUAUGAGGAAAAAAUGAGAGAAGAAUGAACCACACUUUGAAGAGCAACCACAAUUGGUUCAAGCCAGAUCAGUUGUCAUUGCUGAGCAAUGUGGUGGUAGGAAAGGGGUGGGUAAUAAGAACGUUUGCAUCUUUUUAUUAGCACAAUAAAAUGAUUAUUGGGACUGACUGAAGUAGGAUUUUUUAAAAGAAGAUAGACAAAUGGAGUUUGUCUGAUGGUUGGAAGUGGGAAUCCUUUUAGUUGUCAGCAGCCAUAACUCUACUGGGAUGAACUGGAGCUUACAUUUUAAAAGGCUGGCCUUCUUGGAAGCCCCACAACUCCCAGCAAGUGCUGCACAAUAUUAAUAAUAAUAAUACACUGCAUUAGUAAAUAGCUGGGGUGUCCAAGGACUUUUCCAUCUGGAAGGGAGUGAUGGAAUACCCAAAGGUGGAUUACCCCAGUGGACUUUGAAAAGAGUUCUGGAAAUCACAUAUAAUUAAUCCAAAAAUAAUUUGUUGUUCUACAGUGGAAACAGUCUAACAUGCACAACCAAAACAGAGCAAGGGAGCAUACUAAUAUUUUCCUGUUUCAUUGUACCUAUAUGGCUGUACAGCAAUAGAAGUGUAUGGUGAAAGAUUCCUUUUUGAUCUUAACGAGGUGAACAGUCAGUCACUUUCCCUCAAGUGAACAGAGGAAAAAGAGGAGGAAGGCUUGGGUGCAAAAUACAGCAAUAAAGGGUCAUGCCCAUUUCUUUAAAAAGGUGUCAUCUAUGUGAGGGAGAAGUUCUUGGGACUCUGCGGAAUCCAGAGGAAGCUCAAAUUGUCAUUUUACAGAGCAAUCCUGUGGUCUCUUUGUGGGUGGGAGAAUCUGUGACAGAACCACCAUCACAUCUGACACCCUGCAGGCUAACCGCAACCAGGGUGGAAGAUGGGGGCAGCUUUCCUUUCCUUUUUAAUCUUCCUCUCCCUUCCAAUUGAUUCCAGCUGGAGGCAAUUUACUCUGCUGUGUCCUUCAGAUUUGUGGCCUCCUCCAUAACCUGUUCUUGGCCCCACUGCCAGUGGAGCCCCGCCAGUCAAACAUCAGUGCUGAAUGUUUCUGUUGCCAUUCCUGCAUGGUCUUUAGCAGUGGACUUCCCUCUCUACUAGCAGCAAUCUGUGAGCCUCAGCCACCCUCUCAAGGAGCAUAGGAUUGUACCCCUCAUCACUUUGCUUUUAUUUGUUUCAAAAUGUUAUUUAAUUUCAAGCUUAACCUUGUGUACACAGAGCAGAAGAUGUCUGCAUCUUGAGCACUGCCUAGUUAGUAUUUCCAUAGUGGAAAAUUGUAGAGGGAGGUUGUUUGGGGGCAGAACACUAGGUCAACUAAAUAAAAUACUCAAAACUCUGAAGAACACAGAAGAACAAAAAAGAAAAGAAAAAGAAAGGCCUUAUCUACAUGCACUUAGUUUGAGUCUCCCAUUCCUGAAUUUCCCUGCUCAAAACAUUCCAGAACCCGGCAUAGCUGCUUUGACAAUGACAGCAAAGAGCUGGUCACUUUACCAGGGCUGGAUUCAAUGCACUCUCUCCAUUACUGUUGCUUCCUGUUUUGGGGGGGGGGUUCUUGAAACACUAGCCUACUGCAAAUAGACCCAAGCACCUUUUUAAAGAAGAUCUCUUUCCUUGAAAUCUUUUUUCCUAAAAACAUUUUUUGGGGGGGGAUGGGCAGAAAGUUUACAAACUCAUUCUUGGGGGGGGGGGAUUUUCCACCCAAAUAAUUGAAUAGAUUUUUUUAAAAAAUAAUUGCUGUCUCAAGCUCUGGGCUGCUCUCUUUUGUGAAGAUGUAGUAUUAUGCCAUAUAUGUUGUACUGUGGACAUGAUGCAAGAUUAAAGCAAUAUGUGCCAUACUGGGAAGCAAGCGAGUUUCAGUUGCUGAAAAACACAAACAUUUUUUUAGCACAUAAAACUUUUGAGUUUUCCUUUUUCUGUGCUGUGCCUUACCUUUCCCUUUUACUUUUUGGACUACAACUCCAAGCAGCCACAGCCAGCACUGUAGUCCAUAUCAACAGCAGGGCACCAGAUUGGAGAAGGCUGAUUUAGAGAAUAUUUAAAAACACAAAAACCCAGGAGUAUUUUAAUGGCAGUGCCUGGACUUCAUAUAUUUCCAAAUCUAGCUGUCUGACUUUUCUUGAUAGUUAUGCUUCAUCACUAUUGUUUGUGGUCUACAACAAACUGCAACCAAUGGCCAAAAAAGAAAAUAGGGAAUUGUAGCUUUUCAAAGUGUGAUAGUAAUAUAGGAUUAUGUGCUCCUGUCACAGGUAGGUGCUAAUCCAAAUGCAUUGCCAAUUAGCAAUGAUAGCAACACACUAGCAGUUCAGGCUUAUAGAUCUCCUCUGUUUGUUAGAUCUGAAUUGUUAAUCUCCUUCCAUCCAAUGGAACAUUUCCCAAGGAAAACAGAUUCCAAGUUUUGCAAGGGAUAAUAAAGCCAAAGUUUUAAGUCAACCCACUCACCCACCCCAUCCCCAAGCUAGAAAAAUGUGGCAAGGAGUUGAUGAGAUAUUUCUCAUUAGAAGGAUGAUCUUUGCAUGUCUUUCAAAAGUAUUUUGGUCACGUGGUUCAGUGUCUGAGGCAGGUAGCAAAGGAGCAUGAAGCGCUUGUCCUAGGAAAGAGGUGUGGAGCUCCACUCAACCUCACUUCUUUGGGCAGACCUUUUUCUUUUUUCUUUUUCUUUCCAAGUUGUAGCCCAAUAGCAGCUGAAAGAGGUUUAUAUCUUAUAUGUUGCCAUAAAGGAGAUCAGUUGUACAGUCCUGUUGUGUACAUGAUGUAUGCAGUUCUGUUUGUUUUAAAAAUGUUAUAAUUAAAAAUGCAGUUUUAGGAAUGUUUUUAGGGAAACCUGUAAAUGUCACACCUUUAUUUAUUUUGCCUUAUUUUAGUUUGCUAUGUUUGUGUAUACACCGCAUUGCAGCCAUGACUAUUGAGACUGCACCAGAACAUUAGGAGCACGUUGAGUUCUGUACUUGGCAUGACUCAGGCAGGCUAGGUGAGAGCUGGGCAUAUUCCUUUUCAUACCAUGAGUGGGCUGUGCUUCCAUUGAAGGGCAAGUUGUCAUGUUCAGAAGGGCUAUGUUCUUUGUUUUUUCCCUAAUGUAUAGAAGAUGGAUGGGGAACAUGCGUCCUUCUAGAUGUUGUUGGGCUGCAACUCCCAGUAGCUCCAGCCAGCAUGCCAAUAGUCAGGGACAGGGGAAGUUGUGGUCCAACAACAGCUGGAGGGCUACAGGUUCCCCAUGGCUAUGCCAAUGACGAGAACUUUUUUGGCAAGUGUGCCACAACUCAAGGCCAAAGUGUGAGACAGUGCCAGCCCAGCACAUGUUACAGAGCAUAUGCAGUUUUGGGGGUGCCUUGGGGUGUGUGCACUUUGUCACAAUGCUGUGUUGUGGAAUGGGCGCCAGAGUUAAACAAGAGAAACAGGUACUUCUAAAUGUGUCCACAAAGUCCAUGUGUCUGGUUAGUCCAGCAGGAUGAAGAUUUGCAUCUUCUGUUUUCCCCAUCUUCUCUGCAACAUUGUAAUGUUGGAACUAGCCCUUGAGCUACAUAAACACAGCCAGCUAUGCCAGGGGUGAGGAAGCUGUAGCCCUCCAGAUGUUGCUGGGCUACAGUUACCAUCAUGGCAGCCAUUGGCCAUGCUGGCUAGGGCUGAUGUGAGUUGGAGUCCAACAUCAUGUGGAGGGGCCACAAGUACCCCACUGUUGAACUAAGUUAUUCUGGCUUAACUAAUCAAAAUAAGUAAUAUAGGUUGCCACUCACUAUUCUGUCCAACACUUUGCAUUUAUAAGUGGAAGAAGCCUAGCAUUUUUAAGGAGUAACUAAUCUGCCUUACACCAUCUUGUAUAUGAGCCCAGAGAGUGUCCCUGCCCACAACUGCUAAGAAACCUCGGGUAUGCGUUGGUCUUGCUUCUCUAAUGCUUUGGUGUCUCCUCAUUUGUUGGUCAAGUUAAGAUUAUAAAUGAAACUAAAUGUACAAAACCUGUAGCAUCCUUUUUAUCUGCACCUUUUUAUAAGAAUAUAAUGUAAUACUAAAAAAAAAUUAAAGAUAUAUUGCCCCUA